AAGAAAAAGGACGCUGUCGUGUUGCUGUCCGUCUGUUAGCAGCAGAAUGACCGGUGUGAACGCUGCGCUCCAUCUCUGGCUCUUUACUUCAUGAUGGAGGCGGAAAACUCGCCCGGCCUCGUCGUCGCUGCCGGACAGGAAGCUACAGCGACUCCCGAGGAUGUGGAACCCCCGGUGUUGCUGCUCGGAGCGGCGGUGACAGCCGCCUUGCACCCGCUAAUCUACGUGAAGCUGCUCAUACAGGUGGGACAUGAACCUCUUCCUCCAAUUGUGGGCACGACCAUGUUUGGUCGAAAAGUCUUAUACUUGCCUGGCUUCUUCUCCUAUGCACAGUACAUUAUCAAGGUGGAUGGAAAGAUGGGACUCUUCCGAGGACUCUCGCCUCGUAUCGUGUCCAGUGCCGUCUCCACCGUGGUCAGGAGCAAAGCCAAGAAGCAGGUGGCACUUUUGACCAACGUAGAAAAGAUAGAAGCGCCUCAGUCUUCACUCGGUAAAGUGGUUAAAGAGACCACACAUGAGAUGAUCAUCCAGUGUGUGACCAGAGUUGCCAUUCACCCUUUUCAUGUGAUGUCCGUGAGGUGCAUGGCUCAGUUUGUUGGCAGAGAGGUCAAGUACAGUGGCUUGUUCACUUGUAUUAGAAGUAUUUUGAAGGAGGAAGGAUUCACAGGAUUCUUUACUGGUCUCAUUCCCCACGUGCUGGGAGAAGUCCUCUUCCUGUGGUGUUGUAACCUCCUGUCUCACUUUAUCAACACCUACGCUGUGGACGACAGUUUCAGUCAGGCUCCAGCUGUGAGAAGCUACUCCAAGUUUGUGAUGGGUAUCGCCGUGACUGUGCUGACGUCGCCGUUUAUGUUGGUAGCUGAUGUUAUGGCAGUCAACAACUGUGGUCUGGCUGCAGGUCUUCCUCCUCACUCUCCUAUCUUCAAGUCCUGGAUGCACUGCUGGAAUCACCUGAGGCACAAGGGUCAAAUCUUUAGAGGAUCCAGCUUCUUUUUCCGCCGGGUGCCUGUGACCUCCAUGCCAAUUAUCAAAGACUGACUCAUCAUUAUGGGAUGUUGGCACCACUGCUCACACACCAAACACCUGUUGUAUGAGCUGCAGAGACUUUUUUCUUUUUCUUUUUUUUAAUUUACAUUCAUCAUCUCCAUAGCAACAACUGCUGAGGCUCGUGGGAACUGCAUUCUUAAAGAGAGAAA